AUGGCCCUGCUACUGACUGAUGUUCUGAAAAGUUCAAAUCAACCAUGCAACGAUGUCCGUUUACAUUUCCUCGGUUGGUUAACAACAGAGCUGCUGCGGGAGAACAAGCGGAUGCUGGACAAGUCCAUCAGGGAGAUUGAGAGGGAGAGGCAGGGCCUGCAGGCCCAGGAGAAGAAGCUCAUCAACGAGAUCAAGAAGGUGGCCAAGCAGGGACAGAUGGGAGCUGUGAAAAUUAUGGCUAAGGACCUUAUCCGCACAAGACACCAAAUCACAAAAUUUUAUGCCCUCAAGUCCCAGCUACAAGGUGUAUCUCUUCGUAUUCAGACUCUGAAAUCAACACAAGCAAUGGGUGAAGCCAUGAAGGGUGUGACAAAAGCCAUGGGACAAAUGAACAGACAGAUGAACCUGCCUGCCCUGCAGAAGAUAAUGCGGGAGUUUGAGAUGCAAAAUGAGAAGAUGGAGAUGGUUAGUGAAGUGAUGAACGAUGCCAUUGAUGAUGCCUUGGAUGGUGACGAGGAGGAGGAAGAAACAGAGGAGCUUGUCAACCAAGUCCUUGACGAAAUUGGCAUUGAUGUCAACUCAGAGCUUGUCAAGGCUCCUGCGACUGCAGUUGCUAAGCCGGUCGCAGUGGGGAAAGUUCCUGCACAAGCUGAAGCUGCAGGUGGGCCAGAUGGUGGCAUAGAUGAUGACCUGCAGGCGCGGCUUGACAACCUAAGGAAGAUGUGA